UACAUUUCUCUCUCACUCUAAUGGCGAAACCACAGAAACCGUCAUCCUCUCGUUCGCACUCGCGGUCGUCCUCCUUCAGCUUCCUCCGGAUGGAAGAGUUGGAGAAAAUCUUCGCUCGUUUCGAUGUAGAUGGCGAUGGCAGGAUCUCCACCGCCGACCUGUCCGGCUUCAUCCGUGCCCUCGGAUCAGACGCCUCACCCGACGAGAUCCGCGACAUGAUCGCCGAGAUGGAUGCCGACCGCGAUGGCUUCGUCGAUCUCCAAGAGUUCGCUGCAGUCUGCCAUGGCGGGGGCGGUGGUGUCACAGAGGAGGAGCUCAAGGAUGCGUUCUCGGUGUACGAUCUGAACAACGAUGGGCGGAUCACGGCGAAGGAGCUCCACCAGGUGUUGAACGGCUUAGGGGAGAAGUGCACCAUGAAGGAGUGCAUACAGAUGAUCGGAGCCGUCGACUCGGACGGCGAUGGAUGCGUCAGCUUCGAGGAGUUCAAAAUGAUGAUGACCGGCAGUGCUCAGACAACGCGACUGCAAGCCAAGAAAUAA